AUGCCUUUUGGGGUCUCUGCGAGCGACGACACGAAACCAGCAAACGACUUUCUCCUCGCCGACGUCCCAGACCCCACAGAUUUUCUCCCUGCAGCGGAAGCGCCAGGUCUACGAAGCAUUGACGGGGCUUUUCGAUGCACUAUCUGUGGGGAGCUCUUCGAUGGCCCAGUAACUCUUCCUUGUGGCCAUUGCUUUUGCUCGGGCUGUAUACGACCAGCAAUGUCUCAUAAGCAAGAGUGUCCUAUUUGCCGUAAAGUUGCAAACGAGGGUCACCUUAGACCCAAUCCAAUUGUGGAGGAAAUCAUAAAUGGCUGGAAGGACGCCAGGCCAUAUAUACUGUCUCUUGUGAAGCAAGAGGCCCGAAGAAAGGUGGCUGACCAACCGGAAGUUCACGCCAGCCCCGCUAAAAAGCGCAAGAGAAGUCAAGAGAGGAGUUCUAGUGAACUUGGCAGCGUUCCUGGACUACCUCACACACCCAUCAAACCUCGUUCCUUCAAGAAAAUGUCGCAUUCCCCCUCAAAGCCAAACCCAGUCAAAUAUCCGUCCGACGGCGGCGCAGGUCCGUCUAGGAUACCAACGUCUGAUGGGGACGAGGAGGAUCUUCCAAGUACCCUGGGGCUCAAUCCAAAAUCUGACGACCUUGUCAAGUGUCCUUUAUGCGAAAAACGAGUCCGUUACAAGAACCUAAACGGUCAUAUGGACCGCAGUUGUAAGGACCCUGUGCCCGUCAGCAGCUCUUCGCAGUGGUCGAAAAUCAUGGCACCGAAGGGCAACGCAAGAGGAAAACAAAAGAAGAAAAGCAGUGAGACGGACGAGGACUUUCCCCUUCCAAAGGCAUCAUACGCCACCCUGAAGGACAAGCAGCUUAAGGAAAUGCUACAGGAACACGAUCUUCCAAUAACUGGUGACCGUCCACAAUGGGAACAACGACAUCAACGGUGGGUUAUGAUGUACAACGCGAAUCUGGAUCGAUCGCUUGCCAAUAGGAAGACAAAAAAUGAACUUCGACGCGAUGUUAAGAAAUGGGAAGAAGAGAUGUCCAGGAAGAAAAAACCUGUCGUCGAAGACUUGGUAAAAUAUCAGCAAACCCACAAACCAGAGUUCGACAGGCUUCUUAAGCUAGCCAAAAGUACCAGAGAUAAAUCGGCGCUUGAACCUAACGCGGCACCCUCGUCAUCAGACGAUAACCAUAAACCCGUGUCCACGGACGCAUCCUUAGUUGGACCGCCUUCUUCAAUGACAGGUGUGGACGAUGUUAUCGAUUUGAAUUCCGACAAGGAAUAG